GCGGAGGAGGAACGAGGGAUGACAGAGAGGGCGAGCGACACACAGCCUCUCUCUCUCUUUUUCUGUUUUCUGUUUUCAUUUCUCUUCAUCAGACGGACGAUUCUUCAUCUUCAUUUUCAUCCUCAUCCUCAUCUUCAUCACCUCCCUCUCUCUCUCCCUCUCUGGAUAAACGAGGGAGGAUGGAGUGAUGCUCUGAGCUGUCCGUCAUGUCUCUCCGCUUCGUUAACGCGUCCAGGAAACGACACCUAACGAGCUUCUUCUCCUCCUGCUGCUGCCGCUGAGAGCCUCCUCUCCCUCUGUGUGUCUCUUCUUCUCUGGUGGCUGGUUAAUUAUUCAUCCGUCACUCCGUCAGUCUUUAUGUAACAGCCGUCCUCCUGAAGACAGAGAGAGAGAGAGACAGACAGGCAGAGAGAGAGACAGGAAGUGAUGUUUGUGUCGGUGUGGUACGCCAAGAAGAUGGGAAGACGAUUCAUCAACAACGUGAGGCGUGCAAAGAGACACAGGCAGAGGAUGAUGAUGAACGGAUCAGAAGGAGAGCUGGAGUACGAAGAGAUUACUCUGGAGAGGGGGAACUCCGGUCUGGGCUUCAGCAUUGCAGGAGGAACUGAUAAUCCUCACAUCGGAGACGACCCGUCCAUCUUUAUCACCAAGAUCAUUCCCGGAGGAGCAGCCGCCCAGGACGGACGCCUCAGGGUGAAUGACAGCAUUGUAUUUGUUAACGAUGUGGAUGUCCGCGAGGUCACUCACUCCAUCGCUGUGGAGGCACUAAAGGAGGCGGGGCCUGUCGUCAGGCUGUACGUCCUGCGGCGACGCCCACCAAGCGAACGCAUCACACAGAUCAAACUGAUGAAGGGACCUAAAGGUCUGGGCUUCAGUAUAGCAGGCGGUGUAGGGAACCAACAUGUUCCCGGAGACAACAGCAUUUAUGUCACCAAGAUCAUCGAGGGUGGAGCAGCACAUCGGGACGGAAGGCUACAGAUCGGGGACAAAAUAUUGGCAGUGAACCACGUGUCCCUGGAAGACAUCCUGCAUGAGGACGCCGUGGUAGCCCUGAAGAACACAGGGGAGGUGGUGUAUCUGAAGGUGGCCACGCCCACCUCGCAGUACAUCCACCCUGCUGAUCGGUACAGCCCCCCCGACCUGACCAGCUCCUACAUGGAGCCUGACUAUAUGUGUGAUUACCCACAAGCCCUCCCUCCUCCGUCACCACGACGAUACUCGCCUAUUCCCCGAGGCAUGAUGGGAGAGGACGAUUACUCCCGGGAGCCCCGCCGGGUCUGCGUCCAGCGGGGGUCCACCGGUCUGGGCUUCAACAUCGUGGGCGGAGAAGACGGAGAGGGGAUCUUCAUCUCCUUCAUCCUGGCAGGAGGACCAGCAGACCUGAGCGGAGAGCUCCGGAAGGGAGACCAGAUCCUCAGUGUGAACGGUGUGGAUCUCAGGUAUGCGACACAUGAACAGGCAGCAGCAGCUCUGAAGAACGCCGGACAGACUGUUACCAUCGUAGCACAGUACAGACCUGAAGAGUACAGUCGCUUUGAAGCAAAGAUCCAUGACCUGAGGGAGCAGAUGAUGAACAGCUCAUCUGGAAGUCUGAGAGCCAACCGCAGCUUCUACCUCAGGGCGUUGUUCGACUACGAUAAGCAGUGGGACUGUGGCGUCCUAUCACAAGCUCUGGACUUUAACUUUGGGGAGGUGCUCCAUGUGAUGGACAGCGCAGAUGAUGAGUGGUGGCAGGCCAGACGGGUGAACCAGCAGGGGGAGCUGGAGGAAGUGGGAUACAUCCCGUCCAAACACAGAGUGGAGAGAAAAGAGUGGUCACGCAUGAAGAGUAAAGGUCGGGAAGGUUUCGUCCACAGCUACGAGCUCAUCACUCAAAUUGAAGUGGACUAUGCUCGUCCCGUCAUCAUCCUGGGGCCGACCAAAGACAGAGUCAACGACGACCUGCUCUCCGAGUUCCCCGACAAGUUCGGCUCCUGCGUCCCUCACACAACUCGCCCUCGGAGGGACUACGAGGUCGACGGGCGGGACUACCACUUUGUGGGGUCACGGGAACAGAUGGAGCGAGACAUCCAGUCCCAUCGCUUCAUCGAGGCGGGGCAGUACAACAACCACCUCUAUGGGACGUCGGUGCAGAGCGUCAGACAGGUGGCCGAGCAGGGGAAACACUGCAUCCUGGACGUGUCGGCCAACGCAGUGAGGAGGCUGCAGGCGGCUCAGCUUCACCCCAUCGCCAUCUUCAUCAGACCUCGCUCACUGGAGAACAUCCUGGAUCUGAACAAGCGUCUGUCAGAGGACCAGGCGAGGAAAGCUCUGGAUCGAGCCAUCAAACUGGAACAAGACUUCCUGGAGUGUUUCACAGCCAUCGUGCACGGCGACAGUUUCGAGGAGGUGUACCACCUGGUCAAAGCCGUCAUCGAGGAGCAGAGCGGCCCUUAUAUCUGGGUUCCCGCUCGCGACAGACUCUGAUUGGCCACUGCCAGCGACUGACGUUGUCUCCAUGGAAACAGCCGCCAACUGCUCCCUGCCCCCUUCCACGACCACACCACCCCCUCCUCCUCCUCCUCCUCCUCUUCCUCCUCUUAGCGGCGUGACCUGACGGAGAGGAGACGUUUGUCUUUUUACUGUUUUUGUUUUCUUUCUGAUGCCGAGCGAGCACAGUGAUUGGACGGAUGCUGUACCCGUGGCAACCAAGUGAGAUGUGUUUUUUAAAGAAGAGGGUGGAGCUGUCCAUGUGUCAGAGGAUCAGAUAAGGACAGAUGAUUGAUUGAUUGGUUGAUUGAUUGAUCCUGUAUUAUCAGUAAAUAAUGAAUCAGGACUGUAGAGUUCAGUUGGUAUUGAAGUAUUUAUAUUAUCCUAUUUAUUUAUUGAUUUAUCUAUUUAUUUAUUUAAUUAUUUAUUUAUUUAUGUGAUGUGAAAAUGGUGUGUGUGCGCGUAUGUGCGUGUGUGCGUGCGUGUGUGUGUGUGUGUGCUUGCGUGUAGUGUACAUAAAGACUUGUGUGACUGUAAAUAAAACGAUGGGGCUCAAACACACAGUCUAUUCAGGGCUUAAAGUAUCAAACUCUAGACUACAAAACCCACAAUCCUCCUCAUGUGGACUACAACACCCACAACCCUCUUCAUAUGGACUAAUCACCCACGGUUUUCCAGAUAUGGACUACAACACCCACUACCCUUUUCAUAAGGACUACCACACCCAAUACCCUCCUCAUAUGGACUACAACACCCACAAUUUUCCUGAUAUGGACUACAACACCCACAAUCGUCCGGAUAUGGAGUACAAGGCCUCAACAUCCACAAACCACCUCAUAUGGACUACAACACCCUUGAAUCUCCUUAUGUGGACUACAUCACCCACAAUCCUCUUCAUAUGGACUACAACACCCAUUAUUCUUCUCAUAUGGACUACAAAACCUAUGGUCCCUUUCUGCAGAGAUGACAUUGCCCUGAACCCCUCCUUCUGCUGCAUUACAAUGCCCACAAUGCCUCACUGCUUGGACUACAACACCCCUUACCAUGGUCAUCUGGACUACAACAACCACAAUCCUCUUAAUGUGGACCACAACACCAACGAUCCUCUAUAUAAGGACUACAACACCCACAGUCCUUCUCUGCAUUGACUGCAGUGACUUAUACCCCUGCUUCUGCUGGACUACAAUGCCCACAAUGCCUCACUUCUUGGACUACAAAAACCAAAAUCGUCCUCAUCCUGACCACCAACAGUUUUCCUCAUUUGGACUAUAAUCCCUAUAAUCCUCAACCCAUGGACUACAAAAUCCACUAUCGUCAUUCUGACUACAUCUCCCCCUACUUUCUGGACUACAACACCCACAAUCCCACUCUUUAUAAACUACAACACCCUAACCCCACCCCACCGUUCCGACACUGCUUGGGUUGAAACACCCCAAACCCUCCUCAUCUGGACUACAACACCCACAAUUCCCCUCUUUUUGGACUACAACCCUGACAUUCCUCCUCAUUAGGACUACAAAACCCACAAUCCCCUUCUGUCUGGACUACAAUACCAUAACCCCCUUUCUGUUGGACUACAGUGCCCACAAUGCCUCUCUGUUUGGACUACAAAACCCUGGUCAUCUGGACUACAACACCCACAAUCCUCCUCUGCUGCAGUGGACAGUUUUUGCCGAGCAGCAGCAGCAGCAGGAGGUCAAACUGAAACUGAACACUUCCUUUUUUUAAAUAAAAGGCUAUGGACUACAUUACCCACAGUACCCAGCUCCAGUGAAGGAUUACACCACCAACAAAUAUCUACAGCACAGAGGGACUACAUUACCCACAGGUCCCAGCUAGAGAUCUCCUGGGACUACAGUACCCAUGACUCCCUGCUCCUGAACAGGACCAGGACAUUGAAAAUCAGCUGAGUAAACAUGGUGGGGGCGGGGCUUUGGGAGAUCCACCUGUGACAUCACCUGUGUAACCAUGGCAACAGUGGGUUUUUUAGACUGAAUAUCAGGGUCAUGUGAAUAAUUCUAAUAAUUAUUAAUAAUCAUAAUUAUUGAUGAUGUAAUAUCAUCUCUCUCACACACACGGCGGGGUUACCUGAGGUCGUCUUUUCUUUCUGAGCACUGACAGAACACACUUUAUUAUUAAAACUUAUAUCUCAAUAUUUAUUAGCCUGUGACACACACACACACAUACACACAGUGACACACAACACACACAGUAACAGACACUACACACUUACAGUAACAAACACACACUACACACACAGAGGAGGCUGCUGGGUCGACGACUGGCUUGUUGUAUAAUGAAAUAAUUAGUUAUAAAUUAAAUUCAAAUAUUGAAAUAAAUUCCUUA